AUGUCUCCAAGCCAUCCGGGACGACAAGUAUCCGCCAUCCGGCGCAAACACUCUGCAGUGCGCCUCAUCAACUCGGCACGCCAACUAGUCGGCAACACGCCGGUCAUCCAACUGCGCAACAUCGUCCCCGAAGGAUGCGCCGAUGUAUACCUGAAGCUGGAAUCCGGUAAUCCCACCGGUUCCUACAAAGAUCGCAUGGCCCUGUCUAUGAUCGAAGAGGCCGAACGUCGCGGGGACCUCAAGCCCGGCAUGACCGUCAUCGAAGCCACGGGGGGAAGCACCGGCUCCUCGCUAGCAUUCGUGUGUGCCAUGAAAGGCUACAAGUUCCAAGUGGUCUCGUCCAAUGCCUUCGCGAUGGAAAAGCUGCGCACCAUGCAAGCCUUCGGAGCUACCCUCGACCUCGUACAUAGUCCCUCGGGGAAGAUCACCCCGGAUCUCAUCCCCUCGAUGGUUGAGCGCGCCAAGGAAAUCGCCAAAGACCCGAGCUACUACUUCACGGCGCAAUUUAACAAUCGCGAUGCGCUCGUUGGCUAUGAGGCUAUUGGUCGGGAGCUGUUGGAGCAGAUUCCCUCUGGGAUUGAUGCGUUUUGCGGUGCCGUUGGCGGCGCGGGAAUGGUGAUGGGUUCGUCGAAGAUCCUGAAGUCGAAAUGGCCUCAUGUCCAUGUUGUUGUCCUCGAGCCGGCUUCUUCGCCGGUCAUUACGGAGGGCCGGACAGGGACUCAUGGUGUGGAGGGGAUUGGUAUUGGAUUCCGUCCUCCUCAUCUCGAGGAUACGCUUUAUGAUGAGGCACGCGGUGUUCCAGAGGCUGAUGCGCGCGCUAUGUGCCGUCGUCUAGCAAAGGAAGAAGGGCUGCUCGUGGGCACGUCCACCGGUAUGAAUGUCGUCGCCGCAGUCGAUCUUGCCCAGCGGCUGGGGCAAGGGAAGAAAGUGGUUACGGUAGCGUGCGACACGGGUCUCAAGUACAUGAAUAGCAAUUUACUGGCAGAUGAUUAGAAACUGAAUACUGCGGGAGUCCUUACAG